CCAUAUUAAAUCUGCUAAUCAUAAUCCAUCCUCUUUCUCAUCAGUCUCCAUAUCUGCAUGAACUUCCAUCUUUUUUUUUUCCUUCAAACAUGUCCUUGGAUCUCUCAUUCCUCUUCCACAAACUCCCCAACCUCUUCAACCUCCAACUAUGGAUCUUGAUUGCCAUUUGCCUAGUACUCUCCUUCAUUCUUUUCUCCAUUCUCUUCUAUUCUCUUUGCUUUAUUUGCCAUAAAAGGAAAAAGUCCCAUGCAGCCCAUUUCUGCAUUGAAAAGCCUGUCCUUUCGAGGUGUAGUGCAACUACAGAAAUGGAUAGGAGGCUGUUGUCAGGGGUUGAGGUGAAUGGUUCCGGCCAAUGGUGCAGUCAUGCUAGUGGGACGACUGAUCUUGAGAGUUAUGAUUCCGAUGUGGGAUCCAGAGUGAGGAGUGUGGCGUUGGAUCAUGGGUGGGGGAAGUGGUAUAGUCUCGAGGAAAUUGAAGUGAUCACCAAUGGUUUUUCUGAUGAGAAUGUGAUGGAUAGCGGGUACUCCUGGGUGGUUUAUCGCGGGAUGUUGUUGGAUAACAGGCGAGUCGCGGUGAAAGACUUGGUGAUUGAGAGUGAAAAUCAUGAGGAGUUUAUGGUGGAAAUAGAGACAAUUGGGCAUGCUACUCACAAGAACCUGGUCAAGUUGAUUGGAUACUCCAUUGAAGGAGAUCACAGGAUGCUUGUGUAUGAUUAUACAGAUAAUGGGAAUCUGCAUCAAUGGCUUCAUGCUUAUGCAGGGUCAGUUAGCCCACUAACAUGGAGUAUUAGGAUGAAAAUUAUCAUGGGAACGGCAAAAGGAUUGGCAUACCUGCAUGAAGAUAUAGAACCGAAUGUUAUUCAUAGAGACUUAAAGUCCAGCAACAUUUUGCUUGAUCAACAAUGGAAUCCCAAAAUAUUCGAUUUCGGUUUCCAGAUGCUAAUUGGUGAUGAGGGGAGUCAGGCUACAACUCAUGUUGCAGACACACCAGGUUAUUUAGCACCAGAGUAUGCUUCAACUGGAAUUUUGACGGAUAAGAGUGAUGUCUAUAGCUUUGGAGUUCUUAUCAUGGAGAUAAUCUCUGGUAGAACCCCUCUAGAUUACGGGCAACCCCAAUCAGAGGUAUGUUUGGUUGACUGGGUGAAGUCCAUGGUUUCAGACCGAAAACUUGACUUUGUGGUGGAUCCUAAGUUGCCUGAAAUGCCUGAUUCAAUCGAACUCAAACGGGUUCUUUUGAUCGCUCUUUGUUGUGUUGAUCCAGAUGCCAAAAGCAGGCCUAAAAUGGGAGAUGUUAUCCACAUGCUCGAGCCGCGAGACCCGCUAUUCAUAGCUCAUUGCUAGACAUCAGAUAAGAACAGAGACUUCUUGGCUUGAUCACCUCCAAGAGAAUGAGGAAAACAGCAGCAAUCAAAGCCAGAUGAUGUAGAAAGAGGGCCUUAUAAAGGGAAUUCAUAUAGAAGUCAAGUUAGUUUUGUCCAUUGUCAAUCUAUAAGUCAUUUUCAUUACAAAGGGAAUUCAUUGUUAUGUUUGUUGAUUUUCCUGACUCUCAUUCUUUGAGUUAAACUUAAACCAGAACUAGACAGUAGGGAGGUGAAUCAGCUUCUGGAAUAUUAACUGAAGCAGAGAUCUGGGUUCUUUGUCUACCUAGACAUAUGUUUUGAAUCUGUUCAAUGAAGAAGCAGAGAGACAGACAUGCAGGCAUUCAAAAACUUUCAUUUUAUUCACCUUUUUCUUUGUGAGCCAACAUGGUUAAUGUAU